UAUAUAAGACUCCCAUAGUCUCACCAUCUUUUCCCCAAUUCACAUUUCUCUCUCUCUCUCUCUAGUUAUUACAACAACACAACUUUAAAAUAUUAUCGUUUUAUAAAUCUUUCCUUGAUAGAGAUCGAGAAUUUUAAAGCUAUAUAGUACUAUGGAGUAUAUAGAUAUUCUUAUGCUCUUCGUGGCUCUAAUAUUCCUCCGUGUGUGGUGGCGUCGUUGCUCCGUCAUCGGCGGAGGACCAAAAAAUCUCCCACCUGGACCGCCGGGAUGGCCAAUCGUCGGGAACCUAAUCCAAGUCAUCCUCGAACGACGUCACUUCAUCUACGUCGUCCGAGAUUUACGUAAAAAAUACGGCCCAAUAUUCACCAUGCAAAUGGGCCAACGAACUCUCAUUAUUGUAACAAGCCCAGACUUAAUCCACGAGGCCCUGGUCCAACGAGGCCCAGAGUUUGCAAGCCGACCAGCCGACUCACCUAUCAGGCUUAUAUUUAGCGUUGGGAAAUGCGCCAUCAACUCAGCCGAGUACGGUCCGCUUUGGCGCGCUUUGAGGCGUAAUUUCGUGACUGAACUCAUUAACCCAACGAGGAUAAAACAGUGCAGCUGGAUUAGACACUGGGCUAUGGAGUACCACAUGAAGAGGAUAUAUAAAGAGGCUUCGGAAGUUGGUUAUGUUGAAGUAAUGAGUAACUGUAGACUCACUAUUUGUAGUGUUUUGAUAUGUCUUUGUUUUGGUGCAAAAAUCUCUGAAGAAAGAAUUAAACGCAUCGAAAGUAUUCUCAAAGAUGUGAUGUUAAUAACUUUGCCUAAACUCCCUGAUUUCUUGCCUUUACUCACACCCCUUUUUCGUGGUAGUGUAAGAGAAGCUAAAGAGUUGAGAAAAAAACAACUCGAGUGUUUGGUCCCACUUUUGAGGAACCGUAAAGCUUUUCUCGAAAGUGGUGCUAAGGUUAACGAGGAAAUGGUCAGUCCAGCCGGCGCGGCUUACAUCGACUCGCUCUUUCAGCUUGAAGCUCCUGGUCGUGGACGGCUCUCAGAAGAAGAGCUGGUGACGUUAGUUUCGGAAAUCAUCAACGCAGGAACAGAUACAAGCGCAACUGCCUUAGAGUGGGCCCUAUUCCACUUAGUCACAAACCAAGAGAUUCAAGAGAAACUACACAAGGAAAUAGUUGAAACGGUUGGUAAAAACGGCGUCGUUACGGAAAGUGAAGUGGAGAAAAUGAGAUAUCUCGGGGCGAUUAUUAAAGAAACGUUUCGAAGACACCCGCCGAGCCAUUUCUUGUUAUCACACGCGGCUGUUAAAGAUACGGAACUUGGUGGGUACAAUAUACCGGCUGACGCUAGCGUUGAGUUUUACACGGCUUGGGUUACCGAAAACCCGGAUAUGUGGAAAGACCCGGAUGAGUUCCGACCCGAGAGGUUUAUGGAAGGUGGGGAUGGUGAGGACGUGGAUUGGACUGGAACCAAAAGUGUGAGAAUGGUUCCUUUUGGUGCCGGAAGAAGAAUCUGUCCAGCUUGGACUUUGGGUACAUUACAUGUGAACUUAUUAUUGGCUAAGAUGGUUCAGGCUUUUAAGUGGUUACCACUACCCAAUUCGCCACCUGAUCCAACUGAGACUUUUGCUUUUACUGUUGUCAUGAAAAAUCCUCUCAAGGCUGUUAUUUUCCCUAGAACAAACUAGUUUUAUUUAUUUAUUUAUUUAAAUGUUGUUUGGUCAAAACUUUAAGGAAUGUGUAUGUUUGGCUGCUGC